AUGACCAGUAGGGUUCAACCACCUGUGGUAGGCCAGGGGACAAGGAGAAUUUCAAUAACUCCACUCAAAGCUAAAGUUGAAGAGGAACAGUCAAAGAAUAACAAGAACAUCAGCAAGAUACAUGAAGUAAGUCAAGACAACGUAAGGUAUGUGAUGUCAAACCCCCCAAGAAGCCCUGAGAUACAUCCAAUAACUUCACCUAAGGACCUCAAACUAAGACAACCUAUUUUUAUGAACAAAACGUCAGCAAACAGGACUGUUAGAGUACCUUCGAAGCUAUCCAUCCCAGUCAGGAACAUCAAUAUUGCCAGGAAAAAUGGCACUGGAAUUAUUAAACAAAGUUAUUUAAGGAAGAAGCCAAUCUCUCAAACUGAGACAAAAAUAAACAGUGGCUUGAAGACAAAGGUGACUCAAACAGUGACUCAAUUCUUCAGUCCCACUGAUGCAACAUCUACUGUAGAACAAGAUCAAACAGAAGAAAUCAAAUACACCCCGCAGGUGAUGAGGUCAAAAUCACAAUCAGAGUCUCAAAAUGCAGGUGAUGUACAAGAUUUAUAUAAGGUUCAAGAAGAUAAGAACCUAAUUGGAGACAACAGUGAGAAUGUGUUGAUACCAAACAUUGGAAACCAAGCAGAGGAUUCUAAAACUCAAAGUGGAGCAUCAAAUUCACAUAUUGGUGGGAAAGAAAGCAAGAUAUUUAGUUUGGGAACCGCUGAUACCAGCAGUCAACAGCCAUUUGAAGUGGACAAGACCAGCAGCGGGAAGAAAAGGCCAACUGCAUCCACCUUAAGGAAAGAGUUAACUAAGAAACCAGGAACAACUCAAUUCACAACCUCGACAGUCUCUUUUACGGACACAGACCAUGAAGAUGGUAAAAAAACCAUUCGUACAGUGACAAACACACAUGUUGAAAUGGCUAAAAAUGUCAGUCAGGAUACACCCAUAAGCUUCGAAAAUAUCGAAGCAACAAGAGAACUGGAGCUUAUUAAACUUAAUAAAGACAGAGCAGAACAAAAGUCUGGGGACAUAUUAUCCAACCCAAACAGUGCGGACAAAGCCCAAGGUUACAGCGAAGGGAGGUACGCUAUUCCAGUUGUUUUGGAAACCCUUACAAAUGUUGAAGAAAUUAAGGGCUCAAAGCUUUUCUCACUCAGCCCUGAGGACACAGCUAAGGGAUUUAAAUCACAUGCAGUCAGUGAUGAGGUAACAGAGAGAGAGCAAGUAGAGAACAAGAACAACAGCACCUGUCUCAGUGAUUGUAACACUACGUCAACCCAACAGUCUACAACCCAGACUAAGCCUCUAUUGGACUCUGGAAGAGAAAAAGGACCUGCACAAGACUGCGCUGAUUACAUUAUGAAAUCAAGAAGGAAUGGUGUAUACAGAGUAACGCCGCGGACAAAAAACAGCACGUUUUCUGUUUUCUGUGACAUGGAGUCCUCUGGCGGAGGCUGGACAUUGAUCCAGCAUCGCUUUGAUGGGAGCACAAGUUUCAAUCGCACCUGGGACGAGUACAAGAAUGGAUUUGGUAAACUAACAGAAGAGUUUUGGCUUGGCAAUGACAAGAUUCACUUGCUGACAAAGGCGAAAAACAUGUCAUUGCGAAUAGAAAUCGAAGACUAUGAGGGUGUCAGAGAAUAUGCCCAUUAUGACCACUUCUAUGUGGCCAAUGAAAGCCAACAAUACCGCCUGUCCAUUAGUGGCUACUCUGGUACAGCAGGUAAUGCCAUGCUGCUUAGUAAGAAAUACAAUCACGACCAGAAGCUUUUCACCACUCCAGACAGAGACAAUGACCAGUAUCCCUCCGGAAACUGUGGGGCCUAUUACAGCUCAGGCUGGUGGUUUGAUUCAUGCAUGUCUGCAAACUUAAAUGGCAAAUAUUAUCAUUCAAAAUACAAAGGGGUACGUAAUGGGAUAUUUUGGGGUACGUGGCACAACAUUACAAUGGAAUAUUACCCAACCCAUGACAGACAAGCUUUUAAGACUGUUAGAAUGAUGAUAAGACCUAAAAACUUUGCAAACUAAUAUUUACCUACCAAUCCUAAAACCUACCAAUUAAAUUAAGCUGUAUUUUGAAUUUGUGCGGUAGAACAAAACGGCAAGUGCUUAAAGUAAACUGCUACUCUGUGUUACUGAUUUAUUAAUAGAAAAACUGUCGGAACUUGAAUAAACAUGACAAAUGUUUCUGUAUCUUGUUGUUUUUUUAACUGUACACAUAUGGAUUAGUAUAAACAACUGAGCCCUCUUGUGUUGCUUUGAAAAUACUGUAUUGCAUAAAACCAUGCUAUUUACAGAUUCAGCUAUUUUUUUUUUGUAUACUGUAUUUUUUAUUUUUACUUACAAACCAAAAUGUCAAAAUGUUUGCCAAUCCAUGACUGUUUACAUGGAUAUAUUCACAAUUUAUUGUCAUUUUUUUUUAAUACAAAUAUUUGAAUUUUAUCAGCUGAAUAAUGUAUUUUUUAUAUUAUUUUCAUUGUAUCAAGUGUUAUUCUCAAACAUUGCAAUUGUUUUUAUGUAAAUUGCAAACCCCAAACAAUUCUUUCUAAGAGGGAAUUUCAAUUUCUGUUGAAAAGGAUAAUCAUAAUUACUUGAAACUAACUAAUGAAUAAAUUACUAAAAUAUCAAUAAUGAAAUAUAACUAUAAAGCAAGCAAUAAUACAAAUUUAGCAAAUUUCCAAUCUCAAGAACAAUAUAAAUUUUCUGCUGAAUUUUAACACCUCUGUGUGAUCUUGGAAACAUCUGUAAAUAAAACUAUGAACUUAUGGACUGAACAUGUUGUCGUAAAGAAAAUAAAUAUGUAUCUUAUAAUUACAA